CGUUGUUGCAGCCCUAGAUUUCAUCAUAAAGUGGCACACUUGCAAUUCUUUUUAUGGUCCGGUUAAACAAAAACGCAGAGAUCCAUUUCAUCAGUCCAGUACGUUUAGCUCCUCCCAGGCCCCCGCCCAACCUAGGGGAGUGUGCUUAAAGACCAUUGCUCUGAUCACUUCUACUCUUCUGCUAUACACAGUUCGUUAGGUCAUUAAGUCUUUUUGAAGUGGGUUGUUUUGAAGUACAAUCCACCGACACAUUUUUUGGAAGAUCCACCGCCAGACGCUAUUGAGCUCCGGAUUCAGAGCCUCACUCAACCUAAAACAUGGCCAGCCCACAAAUUGGAUUUGACAACCAGCGAGCCUACUCCAGUCUCAUGAGAGGACUGCAGGAGCUGGACUUGAGGGGCGAUGCCACCCCUGGCUCAUUGUACCUGAUAGGAGACCACGCCUUCCCUCUGGCCAUGAACGCCCAAGGCAAGGUGCUGAUGGCCGCCUCCCUCUUUGGACGUGGACGCAUGGUAGUCCUGGGUCACGAGAGCUACCUGACCUCCUUCCCCGCCCUGGUGGAGAACGCCCUCACCUGGCUCAGGGGCGAUGGAUCUGAAAACCCCCUGGUCGGUAUUCACCAGAGCUGCAAGCCAGUGGCGGAUAACCUCUCCCACUCCGUUUUCCAGGCCCAUGUGAUGGGGGGCUUCCUCCAAGUCAUGGGGGUGGGGGUGUAUGUGGUGGAUGCCUACAGCAUGGCUCCUGAUGUGAAGGCCCUGCUGGAGUUUGUGAAAGCUGGAGGGGGGCUGUUGAUCGCAGGGCAGGCCUGGCACUGGGCUGGACAACACCCCAAGGAGAAUACUCUGAUGGCCUUCCCAGGGAACCAGGUCACCAGCAUGGCGGGGAUCUACUUCUCUGAGCACUAUUCAGAGGCCGGCUGUCUUUUUAUUUUCCCACCAAUUCCUUGCGGUUGGAAUCCAGAUCCGAUUAACUUUGCGGACGACUUGGCGUUUCUCCUGGAGGGCGUGUCUGGGUUCAGGUUAAAGAACGAGUGUUCUGAGAUUCAGGUCCAUGGCCUUCUUGCCUUUCCGAUAUUCCCCUUCCUAGUGGGGGCAUACUACGGCAGGGGUCGUGUCCUAUGUGUCACUCACGAAGAAUUGUUUGGCCAACAGGAGUUGGUUCCUUUAUGGCACAAUGCCCUCCGAUGGUUGGACCAGGGCAGGAAAGGCGUAGUUGGAGUCCUGCCGUCAUUGACUGAUCUCCCCUCCCUGUACGGCCCGUCAGGGCUGAGCUGUCGGAAUACAGACUUCACUGAUGACCUGAGUGUGUUUGUGUCCACGGUAUACAGCGAUGAGAAGGCACAGGAGAUGCAGGACUUUGUGAUGGAGGGAGGAGGUCUGCUCAUAGGAGGGCAGGCCUGGUACUGGUGCAGUUGUAACCCAGACCUCAACCCGCUGACUGACUUCGCAGGGAACCGCAUACUGAGCAAGAUGGGCCUGAACGUGCUGGGUACUACCGUCCCAAAGGAAUUCUACGAGGCUCCCGACCCCGUCAAGGCCUCCGUAGACCAGUACCACUUCCAGCACAUGGUAUCCCGCUUCACUAGACACCUGCUCUCCGGAGAGACUCUCACUGCGAAGGAGGAGGGCUUCAUGCCGCGGCUGCGUCGGGACUGUGCUGCCUACCUGUUGAUGGAGGCCAACGGGUCGGCGUCGUACACACAAGUCAUGUCCGACCUCACUGCCAUUGUCGAAAAGGCUGGGAUCCCACAGGUGUCUUUGAACUGUCCCGUUAGCAAUGAAAAGGACCGUCUGCUGCUGACCAUCGGGACUGAGCUCUAUCAAUGUUUGGACCCCGACACGCUCCUGCCUUACCUGAUCAAGGACAUCCCUAGCAUGCGAGUUGUCCAACACCAGCUUAAAGUCAACGCAAACACAGAAGGUAAAAAGGAGUGGAUUAGUACUGGAGUGUACCUCACUCCAGGUAUGAAGACCUACAUAUCUCUACCAGCACAGAUUGUCAACAAAGGAUGGAUGGUGCAGAUCGGCUGUCAGACGGACAAUUUGGAUCACUUGAAGGAACUGAGGAGAGCCCCUUGUGUUCACAAGACCUUCAGAAUCACGAAGCCCAUGAUGCAGGUGUGGAACCUGUGGGGGGGGCUCCUCUACCUCGUGGCCCCGCCCGACACUCAGGUGGAGGGGCUGAAGGUCACAGUGGAAAGGGCGGUUCUUUCACCUUACUUCCAGUCAGGUGUGACGACGCCGGCCGAGUGGGCCCUGAUGCGCCAGUCCCCCGCCCCCUGGGCAGAGCUGGAGUUUGAGAACAUCAUCUUCACCGUGCCGUCCGACGCCAUCCGACACCUGGAGCGCCCUGAGGAGGUGGCGGCGCUCUGGGAUAAGAUCAUGAGGGGGGUCGCAGACCUGGCAGCUGUUUCCCACAAAUUUCCGCGCAAGGAACGUUUUGUCGCCGAAGUGCAGAUAUCCUGCGGUUGGAUGCAUUCAGGCUAUCCCAUCAUGAUGUACUCCUCUGUGGCCCCACAAAUGGUUAACCCAGAGGCCUCUGGACGCACAGACCUCUGGGGCUUCAUCCACGAACUGGGGCACAACCAGCAGAGGGCCUGCUGGGAGUUCAGACCGAACACCACAGAGUGCACGUGCAACCUGUGGUCGGUGUACGUGAAUGAAGAGGUGCUGGGGACUAAAAGGGCAAAGGCACAUCCGGAGUUGGAGCCUGAAACUCGGUUGUCUCGCAUAGAAGAGUACGUCAAGGGAGGCAGAAACCUUGGGAGCUGGACUGUGUGGGUGGCCUUGGAAACAUACCUACAGCUCCAGGAGGCGUUCGGCUGGGCAGCCUUUAAGAAAGUGUUCGCCGCCUACCACGACAUGAGCGAUGUGCCCGGGGACAACAAGGGCAAGAUGAACCUGUACACCAAGACCUUCUCCGUGGCUGUGGAGCACAACCUGUGUGCCUUCUUCAAGGCCUGGGGCUGGCCCAUAGAGGGUGCCACUGAGGAGGAGCUGUCCAGGCUGCCUGCGUGGACCAACCACCCCAUGGCUCGCUAUCAGUGAACCUUCCUAUUGCUCCUGAAGAGACCCUCCUCAAGGGUAGAAAGCUCUGUGGCGGGGCUCUAAGGACUCAUUUCCUUUUUAAAUGCUAUUGCACUAGUGGUGGUUGGUUGGAUUGCACUAUUUAUAUUUUACACUGAUUUAUUGAGCUAAGCUGUAGAUGUUUUACUCAUAAUGUACUUAGGCUCAGGUGUAUCCAAAAAAAUCUAAUUUUGUUAUUUUUCAUUGGCGAAAUACAGUGGCCAUUGUGUCUUUGGAAAUAUGUUAUUAGCAAUUUUAAAACCAUUUGUUAUUUCCUUAACUUUUCUUUCCAAUGAAUAUACAUCAAAUAUUGUAAUGAUAAAAGGUAUAACAUUUGUUGAA